UGGCGUCUGAUAUUGGCUGCCUUCAUAAGCGGAGCUGUGCCAUCAGUGACCACAACAACAUCAGUGCAUUGUAAUUCAUCUCCAGAGAAUGAAGUCUGCCGCUGCAUCAGGACUUGCGUCGGACAAGAAAACACAUCCAAGCCGCCGUCAUCAUGGGAAACUACGGCCGCUCUGCUGCAGAUGUUUCUAACGAACAGGGCAAUGAAGCUUUUCACGGAUACCAGGAGACAUGAUCGCCUCUCACCUAUUUACCGCCCGUUUACUAUCGAGGAAGAAGUGACCUUCUCUGAGGAGGAAGAUGUCAGCGCUGAAAAAGACCAGAAGUUUUCACCUUGGUCCCCGUCUCGAAAGUUCAAUGAAGGCAGACGCCUCCCUCCAGCCAGGAACAUGAAGGGCUUAUCGGGCAGCCGUUCCCAGCACCAGAUCCCUUUACCCUAUGGCUUGGAUUAUGACCCCCACGUCCAUGACCUCCACGCUCACCAUGGCUCUGACUCCCGCCACUCGUCCUACCUGCUCAGCCCCACGGAGAGCUGCCCCAUGGACUUCCACCACCGCUACUCGCCGCGCAGCUCCAUCCACUCUGACUGCAUGAUGAUGUCCCCUGUCAUGAUGCCUCCAGCUGCUGCAUCUGACCACAUCUCCAGCAGCACCUUCCCCAGAAUGCACUACAGCUCUCAGUAUUAUGACUCAGCCACACGGGACGACUGCGCUGCCAUCACAGCCUCUGCCACCUCCCCAGCUGUCGCUGCUGCUGCGGCCGCGGCGGCCGCCUCCUCCCAUCUCUCCGGCACCAAAAGCAACCGCCUUCCUGCUAACCUGCUAGACCAGUUUGAGAAACAACUGCCACUACACCGCGAUGGCUUCCACACGUUACAGUACCAGCGCACCUCCACCACCACUGAGCAACGCAGCGAGAGUCCUGGCCGCAUCAGACACCUUGUUCAUUCUGUCCAGAAGCUCUUCACCAAGUCCCACUCCCUGGAGGGUUCAUCCAAGAUGAAUGGCACAAAAGGUGAUAUUAUGGGAGGUGGAGGAGGGAGUUAUCACCAUCAUGGCCACCACUCCACCAAACACGGUAGCAAGAGGAGCAAGAGCAAGGAACGUAAGCACCGCUCAGGCGGCUGGUGGAGCUCCGAUGACAACCUGGAUAGUGACAGCACCUACCGCACACCCAGUGUCAUGUCGCGGCACCACGGGGAACAUGUCAGCCACUGCUACCCAGAUUCCAUGCACAGCCACCACUUUGGAGACCUGUCACUCAAGACCUCUAAGAGUAACAAUGAUGUCAAGUGCUCAGCCUGCGAGAGCAUGGCUAUGGCACCUGAGGGCAAAUUCAUGAAGAGGAGCUCCUGGUCGACACUGACAGUCAGCCAGGCUAAGGAGGCCUAUAGGAAGUCAUCACUUAAUCUAGAGAAACCCAUGAUGCACUCGGACCUCAAGUCUUCAUCACGGACAUGUCAUUACCUGCAGGUUCCCCAGGAUGAGUGGGGUGGAUACCCUGGAGAGAAGGAUGACGAGAUCCCAUGUCGGCGGAUGCGCAGCAGUAGCUAUGUCAAAGCUAUGGGAGAGGUGGAUGAUGAAAGUGGUGACUCUGACACCAGCCCUAAGACCUCCCCACAGAAGGCCAUUCGACCUGAUGCUCUCGUCCUCAAAUCAGCCAUGCAGAGACCCCAUUUAGACUCCCAAAGCCAGGGCUACCACUUGCAAACCACAAGAGAUAUGCGACCCCACCCUAGUGUCACGCUGGACCCUGCCACCUUUCACCCCCCGCCCUUCCGCUCUCGCAACCAGAGCUACAUGCGCGCCGUCAGCACCCUCAGUCAGGCUAGCUGCGUCAGCCAGGUGAGUGAGACUGAGAUCAAUGGCCAGUUUGAGUCAGUUUGCGAGUCCGUUUUUAGUGAAGUAGAAUCCCAGGCCAUGGAAGCCUUGGACCUGCCUGGUUCGUUCCGCACUCGAAGCCACAGUUACCUCCGUGCAAUUCAGGCUGGUUAUUCCCAAGAUGACGACUGCUUGCCUUCAAUGACAUCCUCCACUGUCACUUCAACUCUCAGAUCCACAACAGGCGCCCGUAGCUUAGCUGGGGGGCGUAGAGAGUACGGUAGGUCUGGGAUUCAGUUUCGUCUCCCUACUUCCUGCAGUGUGGACCGCGCUCAGCCACCUCCAGCGGUAUCAUAUCCUCCCAGUUACAAGAAGACUCCACCUCCUGUGCCCCCGCGCACCACCACCAAGCCUCUUAUCUCUGUGACAGCCCAGAGCAGUACAGAGUCCACCCAAGAUGCCUACCAGGAGGGCAGGCAUCCACGGGGCGGUCUGUGGACCACGGAUAGCCUUGGCCGUCCCAUCUACAGCUCCAUGGACAGCCUGGACAGCACCAAGGCGGUCACCAUGGCAAUGGAGUCAGCAGCAGGCAAGAGGCAUGCAUCCUUGGGCAGCCACACCUCUGUCCAGACAUGCGACAAAGCAGUGCUGGUGUCCAAGGCCGAGGAGUACCUCAAAACCCCACGUUCCUCUAUUGGGAUACAGGUGGAAACUGUGACAGACUCUGAGACUGAAAGUAAAGGCCUUCCUCAGUUCCACUCUAUAGGAAUUCAGGUGGAGGAUCACAAACGGCAUGGGAGGUUCAAGCGCUCCAACAGUGUGACCACUGCAGUACAGGCAGACAUGGAGUUGGAGGGCUUCCCCUCCAUGGAGGACAAGGGCCUGCAGUUCGGUGGCGCCUUCGGUCGCCACUCCGAACCCAGCACGCCCACGCAGUAUGGAGCCAUCCGUACGGUGCGCACACAAGGCCUGUUCAGUUACAGGGAGGACUACCGGCCCUCCAGCGGGCCCCCCAGCCCACAGCCUGAACCCUGGCUGGUUGAACCCAGCUUGGAGAGCACCGAAUCAGGGCGAGUGUCCCCGCUCCGCAGGGACGGCAGCUGGUUCAUGCAGCUCCUUCACAAUGAAACCAAGCGGCUGGAGGGAUGGUGCAAAGAGAUGGAGAGAGAAGCAGAGGAGCAUGACCUGACGGAGGAGAUCCUAGGAAAAAUCCGGAGUGCAGUGGGAAGUGCUCAGCUACUCAUGUCUCAAAAGUUUCAGCAGUUUUACUGGCUAUGUCAGCAGAAUCUGGACCCCAGUGCCAUGCCCAGACCCACAUCUCAGGACCUGGCUGGAUUCUGGGACCUCUUGCAGCUUUCCAUCGAUGACGUCACUGCCAAGUUUGAUGAGCUGCAGCAGAUCAAGAGCAACCAGUGGCAGCUGGUGGAGAGCCCAGAGAAGAAGGAGCGGAAGUGGCCACCACCUCUGCCAAAGCGGCCGUCCAAGGGGCGUGGUGGUGUUAUGCGAGAGCGCUCUCUGGACCUUCAGGACCGCCAGCGACAGGAAGCCCGCAGACGCCUCAUGGCUGCCAAACGAGCAGCUUCUUUCAGACAGAACUCAGCCACAGAGAGGGCAGACAGCAUCGAGAUCUACAUCCCUGAAGCCCAGACACGGCUUUGAGGUCCACGGAUUCAUCCUCAGCUCCUCUCGUCCACCUCCACCCAACACCAGCUCGCGGCGUCACACCCAGCCUGCUGUCGUCAUCUGUCACUGCCCGUCCACUUUUUCCUCAUCUGUCGCCAUUCUCUGGGUCAUCCCUGCUGAAGCUACACUAGGCAAGAGUUCAGUUGCAAAUGCAUCUUUUUUUUAUCAGCUUAAAUGACAACGUGGCACUGCCAUAGGGAAGAACGCCCCAUCUUCCCUGAGUGAGGAGUCAGGUGAGUUGGUGUAGACGAUUCCCACAGAAAGUAAUAAAUAAAACUUUGAAAACGAAGCUGAGAAAACUGGACACACCAGCGUUAGACCUUUUGCCUCUUGCCCUUUUGGUACUCUUCAGUUAAAACUGACCACAGGCCAGCUGGAACGUAAGCAUGAGCCAAUAAUGUGAAGUUGCCUAGUGUAGCUUUAAACCUGAAAGGGACUCUUUGCUAUGAGAAUGAGCUGCUAUACCCCAAAAUAAACAUCUCACCUGGUAUUUAUUUCAUUAUUAAUCCAAGUUAGUGGUUUAUUUGAUCAUAGUCAUUACUGUUAAAACUCCAGUCCUCUUCAUUGUUGCCAUUACCCCGCUGUGAGUAAUGGUACCGUUACACUCGCCACAUUCAAAGGAAACACAAAGUGCAACUUCUCUAAAGUUUCUCACCAGCAACAAUGGUCUCGGGCUAAAGCACCCUGUGUGAAGGAACAGCGGCAGCAGAGAUUGAUGUUUCCCACGGUGGUGUAUCUCAGCACAAAAAUAUAAAGAUUAUUAUCCAACUGCUAGAAAGAAUUUUAAAAAAAGUAUUUUCUGAUUAAGUUUAAACCAGUGGUUCCUAACUGGUGGAUCAGGGUCCAAAAGUGGGUUGUGGAUCCAUUCUGAAUGGACCGCAAAUGACUCGCAAAUGUGUUUAGUUCGUAAACAACACUGGCUGUUUACUUCAACAGAGAGGGGACCAAAAAUGGGGAUGGUAGGGAACAGUUCCAUUGGUACCAUCCACAGUUUUUCACAGUGGAAACAGAAAAAAAGCGCACCGAACUGAACUGAACCGUACCAUACUGCUUGGUGGAGACGGGGCUUAACAGAGCUGGCAGUCGUGUCAAUCACUGCUCAUGAACUCCGGUCAAACUGUCAAACUUGGCAGCGCUGAUCAGAUAUUGAUCAAGAUUCUGUUAUUGCGUUGCCUGUUUCUCGCCUCAUAUGUUUUCAGAAACAUAUUUUACUGUACUGUUUAGCUGUAAAAUAAGAAAGCUGGUCCGGCCGGUGGGUGGGGCUUCAGCUUGACUGUUUUGAACAUGGUGGCCAGAUUUUACUUUACAGCUAAACAGUACAUUUAAACAGUGGUUCCCAACUGGUGGGUCGGGGUCCAGAAAUGGGUCAUGGGUCAGUUUUGAAUGGACAGCAAGUGACUCACGAACAUGUCAAGUACUGUAGAGUGACUGACUGAUGAACAGCUACUGGACAGAGACAGCAAUCUAGCUCGAUGACAUGGCCAAACGCAAGUAUGACACUGAAUAUAUUAAACUGUGUGGACCCUGAACUAAUGACUAAGGAGAAAUCUGGACCCGUGGCUGGACCAGUUGGGAAUCACUGGUUUAAACUUCACACCCAGCCUUUCCUAUGAAGCUGAGUAAAACCUGAUACCUUCGUUGAUCAAUUUCUCUUAGUUUCCUGCCAGUUUAUGGUUAAAACGUCCAAGUGUUCGACCCUGUGUCUGAGGUGCUGCUCUACUCUAUCAUCUACCCAUCUUGAACCAGGCGUGCUGCAGCUGCUGACCAGUGUUGCUGAAUGAGAUUUAAAAAGUAAGGCUAAAAAUCCCAGACCAUCAUUUCAACAUUUAUUCAUUUCCAUUCAUGCCACACCAUCCCCUCUUUAGGACUAUACAUUCUUAAGCUAUGUACGUUACUUGCUGCUGGAUACAUUUCCAUUGCAGAACAAAUAUGAAUUAUUAACAAAAAGACAGUUUUGCGCAGCCUGGAAGAGGUGACUGUAUCAAACAAUGCAUUUUGCACCUUAUAAUAUUCAUGUUUGUAUUUCCAAGGGAAAUGUAGUUUAUGAAGCUCAUGUGAUAUUGUUGCAGUUGAAUUGCAAGGACAGAUAUGGAAAAUUUACUACAGAAUUUCAUGUUACUCUAUAGGUCAUAUAAACUGCACCUUGUGUUUUUGUUUUCAUUUUCUUUUCUGACGGCGUUCAGGCCUCUCGUAAUUACAACUAUUGUGAUUCUAACACUUUUAAUUCUACUUACAGUAUCUAUCAUAUGACCAACAUCACAAUCUACAGUAUGCAUUUAGUAUUUAUAGUUGAAACAGUUGUGGGUUGAUUUGACAGUGCAUUUGUCCCGCUGAUUAAGGGGUUGUUUCUCAGCUAAACAGAAACCAUAUCUCAUAACACACACUGCAUCCAACCUUUUGUUCCAAGUGGGGCAUAAUGAGAACACUUGUGUUGUUAUUUUUGAUCUGCUCAUGUAGUCUAGGAAAGACAGGUGCAAAUGACACUUUAACAAUAUUCAGUUACUAUAGUAAAUGGUGCUGCUUUUUACUCUAAAACUGUUGUCCUUUACCCAGUCCUAUGUGCACGCACACACACACACUCAAGGACUUUUUAAACAGAGAUUUAUUAAUAUGGUGCCCGUUGUCUCUCCGAUGACUUGUGGUAGAUUGUGACUUUAGAAAAGAUCAUCUUUGCAAUGCUCUUGCCCUCAGUGAUGUAAAUGAGGAGAAGGUUUUAUGGUUCAACUUCCUUUCUAACAUGCAAAGAGGUCAGUGAUAUUUAUAUUAAUAUUAUUUAUCAGACGGGAGAGAUUACAGGCUUUGACAUUCCACCAACCUUAAAGUAAAAUCUAAUAUGCCCACCCUGAGCCAAGGGCAUACUGCUACAGCUAGCUGAACAUAACUGCAUUGUACCUGUCCAUAUUUUAUACCACAGCAACGACGUUUCCCUAACAUUUGCCGUACAUGCCCAUUCAUUUUCAUUUGCCAAUCUAACCCCAGCUAAUUAAAACAAAUGUCUACAUAGGGCCAAUAGAAUUAUGCUGCAGUACAGUGUUUAAUGUUUCCCAUUUUAUUGUAAUUAGAAUAGCACUCAGCAGAGGAGGGCAGUCUGUGUGCUGUAAAUACGUGUGUGAGGCAGUGAGUCGUGCUUGUCGGGAUUUCGAUGGGGUUUGUUUCGCUUGCAUCGAGGCUUGCAUUUGUUUGCUCUUACUUUGUGAUGUGUACAUCAGUGCUAAAUCUGAAACCCUUACCUUACCAGACGGCCUUAACCAAAACACUCAUGAAUGUAGAGCCCCUAACGAUGCAAAAAAAAUGUCCUAGGAGAUGAGCAGCUGCUGAAAAUCCAACUAAAUUAGACAGGAGGGACGUCACUCCGAAACGUUUAUUUUUAUCAAACUCAGUUCAGUUUUUUGAAUUAGUUGGCUGGUUUAAAGAUUCAAUUUCGAAGGGCACAAAAAUAAUAGUGACAACAUGCCAGGUCACCAAGGGCAAUACAUAUGUUCAUAUUGAUUUCAGGUUUAUUGUGUCUUAAAGGUAUACCAUGCAGGAAAUGUUGGUUACUGUUUGCAGUGAAGAGAAAGCCAACCUUAGCCUUGUUCGCUUUAUCCGUGUUUGUUUAACGCUGUGACUGCGAUUUUCGUAGCUUCCUCUUGGAUGCGUGCUGCUUGCGGUCUGGCACCUUGUCACUACCUUUUCAUAAAGUCCUGACCUGAACUUGCGCGCUGUGCCCCAAAAUUUCCCGAACUCAGCAAAAUAAAAGGGCAGAGUCACUGCGGAUACAUACACCGCCAAACUUCUAGUGGGUCGCAAAGGAUAACUUUGGCACCAUUCAACCUGGACCCUAUUUCCCUGUGUAAACUGAUCAAAGAGACUGAUUUGAACACACUUUUUUAAAUUUGUCAAGUGCUGAGAGGCCGCCGUCCGCCGAACGAGCUGCAAUGGAGGCACAUGGGGCAACUGAACAUCGUCAAUGUAUGUCCAUGAAUAGUGGUUAUUUUUGACACAGAGCAGCUCAGAUUAUUUUAAGAUUAUUAUAUUCAAUAUUGUGAAUGAAUAUUUACCUGAUUUCAGAUGUGUCUCAGGCCUUUGAAUUCUAUUGACACCGUUAUUUGUGAUGCAGUAUACGCAUGAAAAGUUUUUAUUUUACUGUUUACAUAUUCGUUGCGUCUUGCUGGUGUUUCUUGUUAUUACAUUUUCCAUAGGUCCAGCUUGAAAAAUGCUGAAGUUAUCCUGUCAGGCUGUUCUCCUUCACUGUUUGUACGUUUUUCUAUGAAAACCAAAAUUCGCACAUAUACUACAUAAUCAUAAGGCAGUAAUUCAACCCACGUAAUCAUACGGUGGCGAUCACGUGACCAAUGCACUAACAGGAGUAAAAAUACAAGUAGUCCACAUAAGGAGUCAUUUUGAGGUGGCGGAUCAAAACACACAGGACUUUCCCCCAGGAGACCAGUGUUCAGAACCAUGUGAAACCAAGAGAACUUUGAGUCAUCAUAGUCAUCACCAUGUUGCUUUUCCUAAACCUACCAACGUAACUAUACCUUCCUAAACCUUAAGAUGCCCAACCAUGUUUCUUUUCCUGAACAAUACCUACGUAACUUUACUUGCCUAAACCUAACCUCCAUAACUACCUAAGUACAUAAUGUCAUUCAUGGGGUGCUAAUAACCAGAUAUCAUACAUUCCAUUGUAUGUGCUUUUUCGGAAGAUGUCAUACGAAUUGUUGUAUGUGGAUAAACCGCUUCAGUAAUGAUUGAGAGUGAUUACUUUUGUGUGUGUCUAUGCAUUGUUGUUAGGAAAAUCCUGCAUAGUACACCUUUACGUUUUAUCCCCCCAAUUUUCACAGGAAGUACAGGCAUGUGUGCUGUUACUGAAACAAAAGCGUUCACAAACAGACACAUCACAGAAUAGAUUUUCUCAUUUCGAGUCCUAACAGGAUCAAUUCAUGCACGUUUCAAGAAAUAAUACAGUUUGAUUUUUAGAAAGUCCUUGUAGUUCACAAUUCAAAUACCGAUUUAAGAACUGCCUAUUUUAAUGUCCUUAUGCAUAUUAUAAACUAUGAACUUACAUUUUCCAAUAUGUUUACUCAGAGUUCUGCAGGUAGACUGUAAGAAUAAGUACCAAUGUUAAAUGGAGUUCAUAUUGAUAUACACCAGUAUUUACAAGACAUAGCUUCCUCAGUAACUCUCAGUGCUUAAGGGUCUAGUGUGUAGGAUUUUGACGUAGUGGCCAAGUAGUGUAACUACAACUUCCACGUCCAUCGUGAUAAUAUUGGGCUCGAAAGACUUUUCCCCAUAGACUUACAUUGUGAAAGAGACAUCUGUAAAUCAGUGGCUGCAAUAUUUUGAGUGUCACAACCCCCACAAAAUGACAAAUUUCACUACCAGGAUUUCAUCCAUUCAGUCCGAUAACAUUUAGAAAGUCUAGAAGAGACGCAUGAUUAAAUCAUUUUAUCUCUGUUCAAGUUAGCGGAGGGCUUAACCAAGAGUAGGUGGCAAAAUUCGCUGGUGCGCUUGCUCGAUAGGCCCAAUGAUGCAAAAGUCUUGUGUAAUCUUACAGUCGGUAAGUCGCUAAUGUUUUAUUCAGUUCUCCAUACAUCCAUCAUGUAGAUAUAAAUGGCUUAUUCUAAGAUAAUAAAAACACAACAAUUCUUGUUUUAAGGUGAUCAUAAACUAAUCACAUCAUAGUUACACAUAUUAUAUUUCAUUUUUACCAAUUGAUUCCCCUAAAUCCUACAUACUGGACCUGUAAAUCUAAAUUCUAGUCUAGGUUUAAUUUAUACAUCUGUAUAUUUCUUCACUGUAUACUGUGCCCAAGUAUAGACUGAAGGACUUGUAAUUGAAGGGAGGAAUAAUUUGCUUGAAAAAUGAAGUGCAUUAGUAAUUACAGAAGCUGUUAAGAUAGCAAGGGCUUUCUUUUAAGUUCAAUGAUUUCUCAAAUUUAAUUAUAAAUACAGUACCUUCUUCCAUUAAGGGGCUUUGCGUCCAACAUUAAGACACCAUUUAUAUUGUAUUUCAGAGAUGAAGGAUCCAGCUGAUGGUGGCCAAUUUCAUUUAAUUACCCUCUUUUAGACUGGAAGCAAAAUGAUUUGAAGUCAUCUCAAGUUUAUGAAGUCUUUUCCUCUUCAGAUUCACUCUGAAGAACAGGUUGGCAAAUCAUCUUCUACGAACUGCAGUGCUUAAAUGUUCAGUACUUCAGUCUAUUUCUGUCCUUUCAAAAAUCUGUCAAGAGGAACGCAUCAAUGAUGCCCACUUCUCCCGUUACAGUUUGGUGCAGAGUUAUAGUGAGUCCCAAGUAAAUUUUUGACACUCACUAAGUCAGUUUAUUUAUUUUAACUCUCAAAUCUGUUUUCUUCGUUUAUUCUCUGGUACGUCUUUCACAAGAACAGUCUGGACUUUUUCUAGUAACCUUGGCCUGCUUGGUCAACUAGUCACACUUGGAUUAUUUGGGGGGAGAAAUCUUCUUACCUUCCCUUUAACUAGAAGGGAGUUUAUGACUUAAUUAUUUAUUAAUAAAGAAUGUCCAG